UUCGCGCCUGCGCACUGUGCGCAAAACAUCUCUUCGGUUAACGACGGGUCGAAGAGAGACAUCGCUUAUGCAAAUUUUUGGCAUCGAAACAAGAUAAAUCACCCCAAACAUACUGGCAGGGAUCAUGGGGAGUGUUAUGAGUCAAACAAAAGCAAUUACUUGGUAAUAUCAGAACCAGAUCAUGAUGUGACCUUUUUCUAGGGUUUUGUUUAUGCUCUGGACGUCCAAAAGAGACAACCCUUUGUCUCUUUAAGUUAAUUCCUCCACUUUCUCUUGUGGUCUGGGAAUGGAUGGCCAAAUAAAAUAAGCUUUUGUUUAUAUGCAGAAAUGUGGGCACCGAGCAUCUCUUGCCUCUGCUCUGCUUCUUUUGUUUUGGCCUACACUUCUUUCACUCUCCCAGUUUUCUAGCUUCUUGUCUGUUUUUUUUUUUUUUUUUUUUUUUUUUUUAAUUUGUGCCUUUUUGCCUCCCACAUGCCGUUCCAUUUACUAACUUUUCUUUUCUCCCAUUUAGAAGUCUCAGCUUGCCGCUUUUGUCUUUCUGACACUUUUCUGAGUCUUGUAUCCUUUCCCUCACUUUGACAUUGUCUCUGCCACCCCCCUCCUUUGUGUCUCCCUCCUGCGCUCCUCUCCUGUUACUCUUUUCUUCGCAGUGUUCCUGCCAGCAAAUUCAGCCCACUCGGUGCUGAGGCGGCUGCGGAGGGCCAACUUCCUGUUAGAGGAGAUGAAGCUUGGGAACAUUCAGAGGGAAUGCCGUGAGGAGGUGUGCACCUACGAGGAGGCCCGAGAAGCUUUCGAGAACGACGAGAAGACGAAGCGAUUCUGGGAGGAAUAUGUCCGGGAAAGCAGUCCACCUGGAGAUUUGGACUCCAUGGUCGGCGGGGCCCAAUCUCUCUACCUGAUCGUGCCGCUGCUGCUGGUCGGGCUCAUCGUCAUUGCCGUCGCCAUCAUUGCCUGGCGCUGCCACUCCCGCAAGCGCUCUCAGCGCAGCCCAGGCCUGGGGCACUCGCAUCAUAACCACGUCUUGUCUGUGGUCUCCAUGGACCAGUGGGGGAGGGAUUACCAUCAUGGUGACCAAUCAGAACUGAGCAUCCACAGCAGCCCGGCCUAUCCAGGUUCUGAGAUCACGUUGGGGAGAGGAAGCGCAGGAGAUCCGCCGCCGUCAUACGAAGAGGCUGUGGGCCACACAGAUGUCCAGAUAGAGGCAGAGCCGCCUCCUCAGUAUGAAGAUAUAGUGAACUCCAACUCCGGUAGAAUCAGCAGUGGUCAAAGGAAGUGAAAACAUCUCAAACAGAAGCCCCGACCUACGUGAAGACCAUGUUAUUGUUUAGCAGUGUUUCUACUGUGGUAUCACCAGCCUUCAACAUUCAACACGCAGCAAGCACACAUUUCAGUGGAUUGAUGCAAACUUUGCCGGUGCCAGUUCUGUUGAAAUUUGCACUAACCUUUUCAUCAUCAAGGUGAAGUAAUGCUUAUAAGGGAUUAAGUGAUACUGUAAUACCAAAACCAAACAACGCCUCAUGUGAAGGAUGAAAGGGUUUUAUUUCUAUAAUUCAGACCAGCAUAUAUGACGGUUGGAUUGAUGCUUCUUAGAGGAUCAGUGCCAAACUAUUGAGACUUGUGUAGGCAAAAGUACAUUAUUUCAACCUUUCUUUUCCUUAAUAUCUAGGUAUCUGUUUUUUGUCCAAACACAUAUAGAGCCAGACAUGCUUGUGGACUUGACAGGUCUUGGACUUGGUGUUGGAUUAGGUGAUCUUGGCUAAUGCAGUAAACCCUGGUAAAGAUGUGUAAAAAGCUUUAAAAAAAAAAGCACAUUUCAUUCCAGCACAAUAACCUAACAAUAGAAGAUUGAGAAAAAUUUUACCUUUAAUUUGAGUACAUUUAUUCAGUGUGAAAAAAAGUUGUUGAGAUAAUUAUUAUCAUAGCUACUAUUUGCACCAUUAUUGGUACCUUUGGCUCCAGUAUAAAUCACAAACAUCAAAUAAAACACAUAUUUAGAAAACACAAGGAAAUUACCUAAAUAUAAGUUUGAAAAUGUGCUAAUUUCUAAAAGAGAUACCAGAGUCCAAAAAUAGUAGGCUUAAGAACAGAGCCCCUCAGGAACCUGCCAGGGAAGUAGGGAGACAAGCCAGUGCUUGUCCAUGUAAUGUUCUUACAGUAAAAAGGAGGAACUUAGUGUGAACUUUAAAAUCGAUGGCAAGCCAGUUUAACUGGUAAAACUGUUGAGUUGAGAUGUGUAUUUAAAAAUCUUAGCAAUUGGUUGAUGGGGUAAUAAUCUUCUAUCACAUUCACGCUGGAGCACACAGAGGGAGAAAUGUGAAACAGACCCACAGAUUCCCAGACCGUCCACCGUUAGGAACGGUGUGUAAAAGCAUGUGUGUAAAAGCUCUCAUGUGCUUUUACAAACAUUCAUUCUCCGCUUUAUUCCAAACCUAUCCUGAAAAUAAAACUUAGUCUCAGUCUUAUCUGAUCUAAGCUCCUGGUAAAAUCCCAAAAGCAACUAGCAAUGUACACACAGUUACGGGGAAAUUCUUGUGUCAGUGAAGGUAAGAAGUCCAGUUUUACUUUAGGUUUUGUAAUGUCUUUGAUGACUUGGUACCAACAGGAGUGUGUAUGACAGGAACGGCGUUUUUUUUGGCAUCACUCUCAACCAGUUUACAUGUAAACAGACUCUAAUAAUUGUUAUGGAGACUGACAACCCUAACGUGUCCCUCUUUGCUCCACUUCUCUAACUGUACAUUUUACAGAGAAGAUAAGUAUGGGUCUCUAUUAAGCUUAGUUGCCAGUUACAAAAGGAAAUGGGUCUCUGUGUCAAAUAAUGUUUUUAUCUCAGAGAAAUAGGUGUAGAUGACCAAUUAGGACCUCCUCACUUAACGUAAAAUUUAAAUAAAUGCUUCACUUACAUUUUUUAUUGAUAUUAAUGUGGGUAAAUGUUUUUUCCUCUGCUAAAUGCUUUGAUUUAAUUGUUAGAUUCAUCUAAAUAUUUCAGUGUUAGAUUGUGCUACUGCAUUAACUAGCAAUAAUUAUUGUAUGGCUUUUUACACAACUUUGCCAGGGAUGCUUAGAAAUGUUUCUGUCUAUUUGUGUUUUAAGGUUUUUCUCUCUCGUUCAGUUUCCAGGCUGUUGAACUGUGCAGUUAUUUGUCUAAGGGAAGGAAAGCAAAAGUCAGAUGUUUUUCUACCUUUUAACUUCUGAAACUCUUCUGGUGGCAGAAAGGUGGCUUUUAUGCUUGUACUGACUGGAAAUGAAAAGUAGCCCGUCACAUUUUAUGAUAGAUAAUUAUAGACCCUAAUACAAAGAAGAAGUUAACACUUUAUACAGUGCUAUCAGAUGGUUUAUUUUUCCAGCAAAUGCACUAAUCCAACCUUUGAGAAUAUGUUGAAGACUGGAACAUAAAAAGGAGGAAGUAAAGUGGGAAUCACAUUACUUAUAAUCUUGGUAAUGCAUGAACUUGGCCUUUUCAGGUCAGAACUCUCUCUACCCUGUUUGUUGACAGUCAGGACUCACUAACCCUCAUGAACCUGUGGGUUUCUGUUCAGAGGCAGAAAUAUGGGCAAAAAAAGAGAUUCUGGAGCUGUUAGGAAAUUAAAUGUAAGAAAUGAAUUUGUAUUAAGUGUCACUAUAACUAAACUCCACUUUUAGCAUGUGUAAUCACCUCUACAUACUGUAUAUGUAUAUAGAAUAUGUCUGAAAGUUAACUAAAAAUUUUUUUAUGCAUAGGAGUUCAUUAAAUGCGUUGAUACUAAUGUGAUUGUACUACAGUAAGCUUUGAGGCUAGCAGGAAGUGUCUGUGCUUAACAGGAAAUGUUUAAUGAAAGGUAGGAAAGUUUGGUUGAAGAUCUCAUUCAAUGAGCUGAUGUUACUCUAGGUGCUUCUGGUCUAUAUGCAAUAUUUCCUAAACGAUAAGCACUCUAAAAACCAAAUGUACCCGUCUAACCUUCAUUGGCAAAAAUAAAUGUCACUGAUCUUUCCACACGGCACACACCUUAAGCACUAAAUAUUGUUAUACUUGUAAAUGUGAGUUGACCUGUAAGCCUCAGCAUUUGCUCUGACACUGGACUGUGCUGGUAGUCACUUUGGUUACAUAAAAUAGUGCACCAAUACUUCCACAGAGCCGUUUUUUUACAACGCCUUAUUAAACAAAAUGUUAUAUAACAUUAAACACAAGGGAAGUUGUUAUAAAUUCUUGUCUCGUGAAAAGCUUGAUAUUAAUUUUUAAUAAAAAAAAAGAUUAAAAGAUGUUUUCUUGUGAC